ACAGCGACUGAAGUCGCCAAUGCAUUCUCGGAGCAGGUCAAAGGCAAAACAAUCCUCAUCGUAGGCGUCUCACCCCAAAGUCUGGGCGAGCACAUCGCGCUCUCCAUCUCCCAGCACUCACCCUCACAUCUCCUCCUCGCCUCCCGCACACCCAGCAAAGUCUCAACCGUAAUCUCUCAAGUCAAAGCUAUCUCACCAGCGCUCAAAGUUAUGUCCAUAACCAUCGACCUCUCAUCUCACCGAUCCGUUCGUACCGCAGCAAAAGAGAUUCUAUCCCAGGCCCCAAAAAUAGAUAUCCUCAUCAACAACGCAGCCGUCAAUGUCCAAUCUUACGAAAAGACCGAACAAGGAAUCGAAAUGCAUUUCGGAACUAACCACACCGGUCUUUUCUUACUUACCAACCUCUUACUCCCCUCUCUCAUCGCCGCCGCCGCCUCAUCAUCCUCAAAGCCAGGCCAAACACGCAUCGUGAAUCUCACAAGUGCAGGACAUAGACUUAGCCCAAUCCGUUUCAGCGAUUGUAAUUUCAAAAGGAGAGUCGAGGAUCUUCCCGAGGAAGAGAGGCCGCCUCCUGGAUUGCCGGGUCCUUUGAUGCCUGCGCAGGGAGAGACGUAUAAUCCAUUUCUGGCGUAUGGGCAGAGUAAGACGGCGAAUAUACUGUUUAGUGGGAGCUUGAAUAAAGCACUUGGGGAGAGAGGGGUGAGAAGUUAUGCGGUACAUCCGGGGUGUAAGUCAUCUCUACCACGAGUAGACUCUGGAGUCUGGAUUCGCUGACGUGGAGUAUAGCGAUAUGGACAGGGUUGGCGAGGAAUUUGGAUGAAGAAGGCCAGGAGCUCAUCAAGAAGACGGGGAAGGUUUGGAAGACGGGCGACCAAGGCGCUGCUGGGGCUUUGGUCGCUGCUUUUGAUCCAGCUUUGAAUGGUGAGUUUCCUGCUUCAAUGCACUUUUCGUAAGGUCCUACUAGCAUGUUUUAUGCUCGUGCAUGCUGGGAUGAGGCUGACAAGACGUAGUAAUUCCAGAGGGAGGGUAUUACAUGGCGGAUUGUCAAGUUGCUGAGGCGGCUCCAAGCGCGAUCGAUGAGGGUAUGGCGAAGAGGCUGUGGAGUUUGAGUGAGGAUUUGGUGGAUCAGAAGUUUGACUUGACGAGUCUGUAAAGAGGUAUCGAGACUUUAGUCCAGAAUCUCGGGGCUGCUAGACUGGUAGGAUCUAUGGAGUCUGCCUACGCCAACUAGAACGUGGCAGAACGAGUCCCCGCAUAGACCGUAAAAUGAGAUGUUUCACGAGUAUACUCUCACUCGUCGUUGGCGCAAUUGUAUAGAGACUUGGAGGUGCCAAACACAUUCGCGGUCACGUGAGCGUACCUUGGUCACCUCCAAUUGGACUGAAAGGCACGACGGUUUGUAGAUAUGCUUUGACAUGAAACCAUACACAGUAGUCAGAAAACUAUCAUGCUGUCAUUACUAGAGUUACAU